CCCCCCUCCUGGAUCACAUCGUCUUUUUAUCCGCUGAAGAUCCGACGUCCAUUUCACACGGACACACAACACACCACCGACAUCUUGGCUCCAGAUUCCGACUGAGAAAAAAAACAACCCAAACUCCCAGAAAUCAAAAAACCUGAAGGCUGAAACCUUCCGUCUCUUGUCCCGGGUCCGAACAUCUCCGCAGUUCGUCCAGCCUCCGGAGCAGUGAUGGCAGAACAUCUGUCCCAGAGUGAGCUCGACUACCCCUUCAAACUUCUGGAGUAUUUCAACGGCUUCAGGGUCUCCAAGGUGAUAUUUUCAGCGUGUGAGCUCGGAGUGUUUGACCUCCUGCUGAUGUCCCAGGAGCCUCUCAGUGCUGAGCACGUGGCCCGCGAGCUCGGCACCAGCGUGGACGGGAUCGAGCGGCUGCUGGACGCCCUGGUGGGCAUCGAGAUUUUGGAGGUGGAGACCAAAGAUGGGACAGCUCUUUACAGCAGCACCGAUGUGGCGAACCUUUACUUGGCCAAAGGCAGCGCCAAGUCUCUCCACAACAUGAUCAUCUACCAAUCCCAGACCAUUUACCCACUGUGGAACAACAUGGUGGACGCUGUCAGGGAGGGGAAGAACCAGAAUGUAAAGACCUUCGGGCUUCCCCCAGAGGACAUUUUCAAAGCAAUCUACAGAUCGGAGGAGGAGACGUUGAAAUUCAUGGGUCUGAUGAACUCCUCUUGGGUUCUUGACGGACACGACAUCGUGACGGCGUUCAACCUCUCCAGCUUUCAGACAAUUGUGGAUCUUGGGGGUAAGAGGCAGCGACACUGA